AUGAAAUUUACCGUCUUCACCGUUUUCGUGGCAUCUGCCGCAGCACUCACACAGCAAUCUCCGCUUAACCGCCGUGAGAUGCUCGGCUCCAUUGUUGCCACUGGAAUUGCCUCUGCUAUUGUUGCUGAACCAGCCAAUGCCCUCGAAGCUUGCAAAAAGGGCUCCAAGAACUGUAUUCGAACCACCUGGACUCCUCCUGCUUCGAGUAGCAAGGCCGGUACUAUCGCCAGCUUGAAGAAGGCCCUCGAAUCAUACCCCAAAGGAGGCCAGGAUAAGGUUGAUCUUGGUGGAUGGGAAUUGGUUGAGGACAAUUUCAGCAGCGGAAAAGCCCGUCUGGAAUACAAAUCUGGAGUUGGAAACUUUGCCAAUUUCUUCAACGGAGGCAAGCCUUUUGUUGAUGACUUGAAAUUGGAGAUUGAAGACACAGGUCUUGUCCAAGUCCGAUCGUCUAGCCGUGUUGGUGAUUCCGACUUGGGUGUCAACCAAAAGCGUUUGAAGUAUCUUGGCAAAACAUUGCAGGCUGCUGGCUGGACUAUCCCCGAAGCAAAUUACUAG